GUCGAAUGUCAAUGUCACUUAAAGGUCUUAAGACAGUGACUGGAGAGGGUUUGUGGUGCUUUUUAAUUAUAAAAUAAAUAUAACACUUUGUUUACAGAUUAAUAAAAAUGUUAUAAAAAUAAAUCACCGUGAUAUUUUGAACACAUUAUAUAAGGGUUGUAAUAAUGAAGACUUUAAAACCACUUUGGGUGACGGGCAGUAAGCGGGUGAGCACUUGGUCGCCCCUAGCCACUGCAUUUAACACGAGACCUACAUCCAGACCUAUUUUUGAUACUUUGAGGGAAAAAACUGGUCUCUUCAACAAACCAGAACUAAAAACCUUUGAGGGUUUCUAUACAUUAAGAGAGCAAGCCAUUGUAGCUACAGAUCGUCUUAUAGAGGAAGCAACAGGUAAUCCGACUCGGCCUAUGGUAGACAUAUUUGAUGAACUCUCAGACACACUGUGCAAAGUGGCUGACUUGGCGGAGUUUGUGAGGAUAGCGCACCCACAACCACACUUUGCACAUGCAGCAGAAGAAGCCUGCAUCAGUGUAAGCGGUGUAGUAGAAAAAUUAAAUACACACAAGGGUUUGUAUCAGUCUUUGCGUAAUUCAGUGGAGAAUGGAACUUGCGGAGAUCGUCAUCUUGCAGAGUUGUUUUUGUUUGAUUUUGAGCAGAGCGGUAUACACUUGCCAGACGGACCACGGCAGAAAGUUGUGGCCCUUAAUGACCUUAUCCUGCAAACGGGACAGCAGUUCAUGGCCGGAGCAGCAAAACCGAGAAAGGUACCAAGAUCAGCUGUGCCUCAAAAUGUCAGGCAAUUUUUUAGUUGUGAGGGUGACACGGUGACUGUGAGUGGUGUGUAUGCCGAGUGUGGUGAGGCGGGGGCUCGUGAGGCUGCUUACAGACUGUACCUGGCGGCUGACGGACGACAGGAACUGCUGUUGGGGAAGACACUGAUGGCUAGGAGAGAACUGGCCGGCUUGUGUGGAUUUAAAUGCUAUGCGGACCGCGCUAUAAAAGCCAGCACCAUGGAGACGUCGUCUAACGUCCGUCAGUUCCUGGACGUGUUGUCGGACAAUCUGCACGACAGAGCCAACAUCGACUUCGAGGCAAUGGCGGCCAUGAAACGAACGGAGACUCCGUACCAGAAAUCGUUGAUGUGUUGGGACACUCCGUAUUUCACUCACAAGGCGAAGGCCCAGCUGCUGAACGUGUCUCCGUCCGAGUUCAGUCCGUACUUCUCGCUGGGCGCCUGUAUGGAGGGACUCAACAUGCUGUGCCAGGAACUCUACAACAUCACAUUACAGUCCGAAGAAAUGUUGCCAGGCGAGUCUUGGUCUCCUGACGUGUACAAGGUUCGUGUGGAGCACGCUACAGAGGGUACUUUGGGACACAUUUACUGUGACCUCUACGAGAGGCCCGGGAAACCGCAUCAAGACUGCCACUUCACUAUCCGGGGAGGAAAACUACUGCCCGAUGGAACAUACCAGAAUCCAGUGGUGGUGGUGAUGCUGUCUCUGUCUGGCGGUCACCGCUCCGGCCCCGCCCUGCUGGGUCCGUGCUCUGUGGACAACCUUUUCCACGAGCUGGGUCACGCGCUCCACUCCAUGUUGGCCCGCGCCCCUCACCAGCACGUGGCCGGCACGCGCUGCGCCACGGACCUCGCCGAGCUACCCUCGGUCCUCAUGGAACACUUCGCUGCGGAACCUCGCGUGGUGCGUCGUUUCGCGCGUCACUUCCAAACAGGAGAGCCGAUGCCGGAGGACAUGCUGCAGCGGCUGUGCGCCUCCAAACAUCUCUUCGGCGCCAGUGAGAUGCAGUUACAGGUGUUCUACUCGGCCUUAGACCAACAGUACCACGGACCGGAAGCGGGUCAGGGCGAGGACACCACCGAGGUACUGAGACACGUUCAGAAACAGUACUACGGAUUACCGUAUGUGGAGAACACGGCCUGGCAACAUCGGUUCAGUCAUCUCAUCGGGUACGGCGCGAAAUACUACUCUUACCUGAUAUCAAGAGCGUUGGCGUGGAGCGCCUGGAGAACGCACUUCCACACACAACCGCUCAGUCGGACGGCCGGCGAGCGUCUGAGGCACGGACUCCUAAAACACGGAGGGUCCGUCCCGCCACAGAUCUUGCUAAAAGACUACCUGGAGACGGAGAUCACACCUCACACGCUGGCGAUGGCCCUGACUGAGGAGCUCGACUAUCACAAGGACUACCUCGACACUGUGUUCAAGAUAGCUGACAAGUAACUCACGGGACGCGUCGAUAUCGUGCUAUAAGACUACUGUAUCGAAGCAUAAAACAGAAAAAACAUUGACAAACAUACGGCGAAGAGCGGCCUCACACUGUCUUGCUCAUAUCAAAGUGAAUUUACGAAACCCGCUAGUCAGUGUAGUGCUAAUGAUGUCUUCCUCAUAGCGUCCAGUGUACUGUAAAUAUCUUUUGGUCUGUUUUAGUACGUCUUAUCGAUAAAUCAUUAACGGUUUUAUAGAUUUUUAUUCAUUGUUGACAUGUGAACGCGUCUGUCGGCGGCCGAGCGGGUUGUUCCACUCAUGGCUGCUACACAUAGCUUAGACGACUUCUACUAUUUAUUAAGCGUUACUCGUAGCGAGGGAUCUCCGUUCACAAUCCUCCUAGUUUGUACACACUUGGAAGUCGUUUCUGCUGAAGUAUGUCUGUGAUUUUAUGUAAUCACCGAACGAAGCGCAAUAAUAUGAAGGGUAAAAAUAAAAUAUGAUUAGAAAAUUAUAAA